AUGUCACGAUACGGGGUCAUUUGGGACUCCUACAGACUGUUUCUGAAAGUUGUCUUUUGUACAGUCUUUUUCAGUCUUGGAGCAACUUUGAGUUCGCUUUUUUGGGUCUUUCAAGAGGCCGAAAUAGUGGGGACGAAAAUAAAAGAAACAGAAGACCAUGUCAGGCCUACAGUGGAAUUUGAAAUCGGCCUUGUUGUUUUGGCUGGAUUCGCUUUUGUAAUUUCUAUUUUCGGAGUUAUUUUCGGGUGCAAGCAGUCGACAAAAAUGACAACGCUCUAUGCCUGGUUUUCGAUAGUUGCAUCUCUCUUCUGUUUUGUUGGACUCGCAUAUUGCAUUUAUAUCGGUGCUCAAAGUGUGAUCUUUUACGAAACGAAGCAAUUUCUACUGCAUAGAGAUCUGAUUCCUUGGAUCCCGGCGACUUUUUGCUUCUUCUUGUCGGCUUUUCUUUUCAUCAUUCUCGCUGUCAUUUCGUUCAAACAAUACAAGCUGGAAAAAGAUCUUCUCAAGUACUACGGACCGACGACCUUCGAUGGCACCAUCAAUGACAACUUUACUGAUAAUCAACCAAUUUCAACGGACAAAAUUUACGAAUCAUUAGAUAAAAGAGGCUUCGAUUUACGCUCAGUUGAAAGUUUCGAGCCUCGCGAAGUCGUCGACGAUUUUGAGUACCGAACGAAACCUCGCGCCAUGUAA